AUGGAAUCGCUGCCAUCUUUGUCGUUUCUUGGCGUGGUGAAUGAGUGAAUGGCCGGCUAGAUCACCGAUUUUGAAGUUAUAUGCUUAUUUUUAUGUAUUUUGUGUCUUUAAGCGUAACGAUUACACAAAAGAUUUAACAUGAGUACGGAUAGUAUUGAAAAACUGUAUAAAAAUUUUGGCAUUUUGGCGGAUGCCAAAGAUAAAUUGGCCGAGCAUGAAAAGGAAUACUUAGAAAUUCUAACAGCUGUGAAAGGAUCACCUAAAGAAAAACGAUUAGCAUCGCAGUUCAUUGCAAGGUUUUUUAAGUACUUUCCAAAAUUAGCUGAUCAAGCUAUAGAUGCUCAUUUAGAUCUUUGCGAAGAUGAAGAUAUGGCUAUAAGGAAACAAGCUAUUAAAGAUCUACCUGCAUUAUGCAAAGAUAAUAAAGAACAUACAGCUAGAAUUGCAGAUAUUUUAGCUCAAUUGCUUCAAGCUCAAGAUCCAUCCGAGUUAGCUGUAGUUCAUAAUAGCGUCAUGUCCCUUAUGAAAACUGAUCCAAGAGGUACAAUAAGUGGAUUUUUCAGUCAAAUUAUAAAUGGUGAUGAUGGUACGCGUGAGCGUUGUAUUAAAUUUUUAGCGACGAAAUUGAAAGCCAUAGGUCAUGAUAUUAUCACUAAGGAACCAGAAGAUCUAUUAAUUUCUGAAUGCAAGAAAGUAUUACAAGAUGUAACCGCUGACGAGUUUCAUAGUAUUAUGGAUGUUCUUGCAUGGACUAGAUUAGGUUCUACAGUCAGUGGACAGCAAGAAUUGGUAGAUAUUACAGUUGAACAAGCUGAAUUAUCUGAGCCAUUUAAACACACGAAUGUUGAGCAAUGGAAUAGACUUGUACAGUGUAUUAAACAUGCACUUCCAUUCUUUAGUUCUCAAAUAGAUUCAUCACGAUUUGUUUCUUAUAUUUGUGUACAAGUUUUACCACAUCUUUCUUUAAUUACCUCACCUGAUGGUAGAGAUGUACAAUUGGAAUUAUUAAAACUUCUCGCUGAAUUAGCUGUAUUUUGUGGGACAAUUGAUAAACCAGAGGAGAAAGUACAACAGCUUUAUAAUACUCUUAUUACGUAUAUGCCCCUUCCUCCAGCUGCAGAAAUAACUGAGGUACCAAAACUACAGUUUAGCCAUGUUGAGUGUCUUAUGUAUUCUUUCCAUAAAUUAUGCAAACAAACACCAGAAUUUUUGAUAAAAGAUCCAGAACAGCUCAAGGAAUUUAGAUUAAGAUUACAAUACUUUGCUCGUGGUAUUCAAGGUUACAUAAAAAAAUUACGCGAAGCAAUCAGUGGGAAAUCAGAAGAGGAAUUAAAAUCAGAUGAGAAUCAGUUGAAAGUUGUUGCUUUGAAAACAACAAAUAAUAUUAAUACUUUGAUCAAAGACCUGUUUCAUUCACCUCCUAGUUUUAAAAGUGUUAUAUAUCUUUCAUGGAAAACAUCUUCUAAUGACAAGAAGAAUGAAAAACAUUCGUCUGCCCAGAAAAGACACACGCCAAUUACAUUUGGAAAUGAUAAUAGUUCGAAUAAACGUAGCAAAGAAGAUAAAAGUAAAAGAGAAUUAUACACUCCGCCUAGUGGGAAAUAUAGUUCGAACAUAUCAUCAAACUAUGGACGAGGUAGAUUUAGAGGAAAUAGGUCGGGUGGCCGAGGUGGUUACAGACCUAGAGGUCGUGGAACAUGGAGAAAGAAUUUUUACUAAUUUUUGAAUUGCUUAAAUUAUUGAAAGCAUGGAAUGGUUAAAAUUGCAAUAAUAUAAAACUACACCAGGCCUGUAAAAUGUACAUACAAAUCAAGAAUGUAUAAGUGAUUAGUUACAGAGAGUGAUUUUAAGAGAAGUGACGAAGAAAAUACAACAUUUUUGUUCUAUAGAAAUAUUAUAGUGUAAAGAAAGUGUUUCUGUGAGAGCUUUAAGUACGUACAAGUUUCAAAUACAAAAUUCUAAGAAUCAGUUGUUUACUAAACACAGUGGUAAUUAAUAUUAUAACAAAAUAUCAUCAAUGGUUGGAGAAAAAAACAUUUUUGUGAGAUAACAUACUCAUAGUGUCGUAAGAAUUUUUUUAAAUAUAUCGCUGAAAAAAAAAGCAAAAAGAAAAAAAAAAAUAAAAUGAAAAACUUGAAGAAACUCGGAUUUAUCGAAAAUGGAUGAACGGAUGGAUGAUAGACACAUGAAAAGAAGUGAGAAGUACAACACACAGUCGAAAUCAACAAGUGUAUAUUAUGAGACCAUUUAUAAAGUACCUUAGCAGGAAGAAGAACACAAAAUACUGAAGAGAAAACAGUGCGAAGACAGUAUAUUUAUCGCCCAAAGAGAUUGAGAUAACAUCAGGUGUUAAUUACGAUGUUCAUAUUUCAUAUGAAAUGUUUAAAAAGUUCAGACCGUAGAAUGGCUGGUUCGUGUUAUAACGUGGUCAAUGGUGUUACAAAUAAUUGCGAAAACAAACAAUUUUUCUCUUUUACAAUAAGUGUGAAUGUUAAAAUAGUAUCGAAAUGUAUUUCCUUACCUCCUGAUUUCUCCUAUUCCUUCUUUUAGAUCCAAUUUCAUUUCUUUUGUCAGCAGGAAACGAGGACCGAAGCUGUUAGAUAGAAGACGACUAGAGCAUCCAGUUACAAAAUGAUAAUUAAAUCAAAGAAACUUGAAGAUUGUUUUUAUUUUUCAUUUUAUUAAUUACAAUUUAACUGUAUUUAUGGAUUUAUGUUUAUCUAUUUAUAUGAAUCGCUGUGAGUUCUGUUAAUUGUUAUACGUUUACGUCGUUUUUUCAACCAAACAUGUAAAAAGAAUUCUAUCAAAAUUGAUUGUGUACAUAUAAGUCUAAUUGAGACCAAAUUAUAUAUAUAAAAUAUUCAGUUUCUGUAAACAUUUUAACUAAAAAAUUUACAAGCUUAAAAGUUUCUUUGAUCGUAUUGCAGUAAAUUAUACUGUUAUAAUACAAUUUUUAUUUUACAGAUGCUGUAUGUUUAUCGAUGAUCCUGGAGCGGCAGAACAGAUUAAAAAUAAUAAUUUUUUGAUUCUAGAUCUUUUAUAGAUUCACCAGGAAGGAUGAUGAGGAGAGAAUAUGAUACAAUCUUCUUUUUUUCAGGAGCUGUUGCACAGUUGUCUAUUGUUUUGUAUUUAUAUAAUGAUGGUAGCUGUUUUGUAAGGUGAGUUUAACAUAAUAAAUUCUGUCCUUUUCCUAUCCACCAUUAGACAAAAAUUUUGUAACAGUAACUGAAUAUAUUACCGUUUUAAUUUAAUAAAUGCUACUAUUGCAUAA